AAGUUAAGAAAUAAACCAAAGAGGAAGGAGCUGUGGGGGGUUUUUUGGCUGAGGAGAGGAGAGGUGAGUCGGGUCAGUUCAGGCCUGAGGCGGGUCAGGCUCUGUUACUGGGCAUGGAAGGACUGAGCAUGCUUAGGCAGCUCAUCGGUCAGCUUCGAGAACUUCUCCAACUAUACGGUUCAUUUCCUCCUCAAAACAACAACAAUCAUCUUCCUCAUUACCUCUAUUUUCACUAUUAUCAACAAGAACAAGACCAUCACAACCUGAACGAAUGGUGCUUCCCAAAUAUCGAUGACAGUUCUACAGAUGAUUAUUACCCUGUUGUGACGGCGGCUGGAAAAUCUGAAAGUUGUAAGAUGUUGGAAACUUUCAAACCACCACCUACCAAGAAAUCUCGAAAGGAGCGAAACCGAGGACAUUUACCUGGAACAACCAAUGCAACUGAGGUUAUGGAACAAGAAAUUUGGAAAGAGUUCCCGGAAGACCUUUUCGAAGCAGUCAUUGCAAGACUUCCUAUUGAUAAAUUUUUUCGCUUCCGUGCAGUCUGCAAGAAAUGGAAUUCCUUGCUGAGCUCUCAAAGUUUCUCUCAGCAUUGUGCCCAGGUUCCACCAGCCCAUCCCUGGUUUUACACCAUCACUCACGAAAAUGUGAAUUCUGGAGCCAUGUAUGAUCCUUCCCUGAAGAAAUGGCACCAUCCUACCAUUUCAUCUCUACCCACAAAAAUGAUCAUCUUGCCAGUUGCUUCAGCAGGGGGCCUCGUGUGUUUUCUUGACAUUGGUCAUAGGAACUUCUAUGUAUGCAACCCUCUUAAUCAGUCUUUCAAAGAGUUGCCUUCUAGGUCAGUUGAGGUCUGGUCCCGUGUUGCUGUGGGGAUGACUCUCAAUGGAAAUUCCACAAGCUGUGGCUACAAGAUCUUAUGGGUGGGGUGUGAUGGAGAAUAUGAAAUUUAUGACUCCAUAAAGAACUCAUGGACACGACCGGGAAGCAUGCCUUCAUAUAUGAAGCUCCCACUAUCACUUAACUUUCGAUCACAAGCAGUUUCACUUGAUGACACGCUUUAUUUCAUGCGAUCAGACCCUGAAGGGAUAGUGUCCUAUGAUAUGAUUACUGGUGUAUGGAAACAGUUCAUAAUCCCAGUCCCGCUUUACUUAAGUGACCACACGCUUGCCGAAUGUCGGGGCCGGAUCAUGCUUGUGGGUUUGCUGACAAAGAAUGCGGCCACAUGUGUGUGCAUAUGGGAGCUGCAGAAGAUGACUCUCUUGUGGAAGGAGGUUGACAGAAUGCCAAACAUAUGGUGCUUGGACUUUUAUGGGAAGCACGUUAGGAUGACAUGCCUGGGCAACAAAGGUUUGCUCAUGCUGUCAUUGAGAUCGAGACAAAUGAAUCGACUAGUUACUUACAAUGUGAUGAGCAGGGAAUGGCUAAAGGUUCCUGGAUGUGUGCUGCCCCGAGGCAGAAAGAGGCAGUGGAUUGCUUGUGGUACUGCCUUUCAUCCUUGCCUCACUGCAACUGCUUAGUUGAGCUGUUGUUUCUGGUUUUGGCAGCAGUAGCAUAUCAGAGAUGGGUGUUUUUUCCAUCUGGAAUUUGUUUUUAUGCCUUGUUGGCUUCAAGCUUUCGCUGCUGGUUAAUUUAAGUAACUGAAAACGAUGGGAUGUAUUGUGAUAGGACCUUUUUUCUUUCUUUGUACAAACUUUGGAGGGAUAACUUUUUGAAUUAAGUUUAAAAUACAUGUUGUUCAAAAUA